ACCCGGUGAGCCUCUACAGUUAGCUUCAGAGUUCAUAUUCACAAGGUGCGCAGAGAGUACGGGAUUUGACUCUGCUGUAGCUUCCAGAAGUACUAUUAAAACAAAAGAGAUUCAACUCAAUUAGCUCGACGGGACUGAGAUGUUACAGUUUAGGGCUUCAUUUGUGCUGAAGGAGUUGAUUCAUACCAGCCCUAAGCGUUCGCUGUCUGACAUUAUAAGGCAUAAAAAGACUUUACCAAACGCGUACUGCUUUGCCACUACUUAUCCGGAUAGUAAACUAUCUAAGUUAAAAACUGUCCACAAUGGAAGACAUCUGCCUUUCAUGCGACCUUCACCUGGGAGAAGAUUCCUAUGUACAAAGACCGAGGGAGCGAUUGAACCUACAGAGCCAGUGAAAAAAGAUGAAACCGUCCAGGAAGCCGCGGAAGACAAGAGAAGGAAGGCUGGCAUCCUGCCCAGCUUGGAGGACCUGCUCUUUUACAGUAUUGCAGAAGGCCAGGAGAGGAUCCCAGCUCACAAAUUCAUUACUGCACUGAAGGCCACUGGACUUCGAACAGGAGAUCCACGGCUGAAGGAAUGUAUGGACAUGUUAAAAGUCACCCUUAAGUCCACAUCAGAUGGUGUAAUGCUGGACCGGCACCUUUUCAAAAAGUGUGUCCAGAGCAACAUUGUGCUCCUCACUCAGGCCUUCCGCAAGAAGUUUGCUAUCCCUGAUUUUCAGACGUUUGCUUCUCACAUUGAUACUCUCUAUGAGAAAUGCCGAAAACUUUCUGGGGGGCAGGUUGCUGACUACAUUCCCCAACUUGCCAAAUUUAGCCCUGACCUAUGGGCUGUGUCCCUUUGCACAGUAGAUGGACAAAGGCACACAGUUGGUGACACUAAAGUGCCAUUUUGUCUGCAGUCGUGCGUGAAGCCGCUCAAGUAUGCUAUUGCUGUGCAUGACUACGGCACUGAGUAUGUGCACCAGUUCAUUGGGAAAGAGCCCAGCGGUUUACGCUUCAACAAGCUCUUUCUGGAUGAGGACGAUAAACCCCAUAAUCCAAUGGUGAAUGCUGGUGCAAUUGUGUGUACUUCCCUAAUUAAGCAAGGGGCAGGCAAUGCCGAGAAGUUUGAUUAUGUGAUGAACUUCUUGAAGAAGAUGGCAGGAAACGAAUAUGUUGGUUUCAGCAAUGCUACAUUCCAGUCAGAGCGUGAGUCAGGAGACAGGAAUUUCGCUAUUGGCUACUACCUGAAAGAAAAGAAGUGCUUUCCAGAGGGCACAGACAUGACUGCAGUUCUGGACUUUUACUUUCAGCUGUGCUCCAUCGAGGUAACAUGUGAAAGCGCCAGCGUCAUGGCUGCCACGCUGGCCAAUGGCGGCUUCUGUCCAAUUACAGGCGAGCGUGUGCUGAGCCCUGAGGCCGUACGAGACACUCUUAGCCUCAUGCACUCCUGCGGCAUGUAUGACUUCUCUGGGCAGUUUGCCUUCCAUGUGGGUCUUCCGGCCAAGUCUGGUGUGGCUGGUGGCAUUCUGCUUGUUGUGCCCAAUGUGAUGGGCAUCAUGUGCUGGUCUCCGCCGUUGGACAAACUGGGAAACAGUGUUCGGGGCAUCCAGUUCUGCACAGUGUGUGAAUGUUCUUCUUUGCAGGAUCUGGUGUCCUUGUUCAACUUUCACAACUAUGACAACCUGAGGCACUUCGCCAAGAAGCUCGAUCCUCGCCGAGAGGGUGGGGACCAGCGGCAGUACACCUUUGGACCCAUGGAUUACGAGAGCCUUCAGAAAGAGCUUGCUCUCAAAGACACUGUAUGGACAAAAGUGUCUCCUACAGAGUGCAAUGAGGACAGCUCCACCACUGUAGUCUAUAGGAUGGAGAAUAUCGAAGAUCAGAACUAAGAUGGAGCAGACUCAUCUGUUUUGACAUGAUAUAUUUAUGUAAAUUAUCAACAGUUAUUUAUUUUCAAAGAACCUCAAUGGAUUUUAAUUUUGGUCACAUGUAUAUGGUUCUUCACCAGAGUCACUGUAUCUAUCCCUCUCUCUUGGUAAACACCCUGCUGGAAAAUCCAGCUUAAGCUGAUAGCUGUGUUUUGGAACGUGAUAGCUGGUCUGAACUGGUCAUUAGCUGUUUCAUGCUAGUCAUUAGCUUGUACAAACUGGUCAUUUGCUUGUCCAAGCUGGUUGAAAGAUAGUUCAAGCUGUUCAUUAGAUGGUUCAAACUGGACAUUAGCUGGUACAUGAUGGUCAUUAGUUGGUCCAACCUGGUCGUUAGCUGGUCCAAUGUAGUCAAUAGCUUGUCCAACCUGGUCGUUAACUACUCCACACUGGCCAUUGGCUGGUCCAAGCUGGUCAUUAGUUGGUACAAACUGGUUGUUAGCUGGUCCAAGCUGGUCCUUUGGUGAUUAGCUGGUCCAAGCUGGUCGUUAGUUGGUCCAAACUGAUUGUUAGUUGGUCCAAACUGGUAAUUAGCUGCUCCAAGCUUGUAGUUAGUCAGUCCACACUGGUCAUUGGCUGGUCCAAGCUAGUCAUUUGCUGGUCUAUGCUGGUUCGAGCUGGUGGUUAGCUGUUCCAAACUGGUCGAAAGCUGGUCCAAGCUGGUCAUUAGUUGGUCUAAACUGGUUGUUAGCUGGCCCAAGCUGGUCCUUUGGUCAUUAGCUGAUCCAAGCUGGAUGUUAGUUGAUCCAGCUGGUCAUUAGCUGGUCCAAACUGAUCAUUAGCUACUCCAAGCUUGUCGUUAGCUGGUCCACACUGGUUAUUGGCUGGUUGACCAGCCAUCAUGUUCCAAUCAUGUACUGUACCAACCUGACCAACUCAUAGCUAGUUUGUUGCUGGUCCAGGAUCAUCUACCAGCUUUGACAGCUAAUAACUAGCUUUGACCUGCAAUGACCAACGUAGACCAGCUUGAAACCAGCUACUACCUUCUUAAAACACAGCUACCAGGUUGAGCUUGAAUUUCCAGCAGGGUAUGAUUGAGUACGGUAGAGGAUGUGGUUGUAGCUUGUGUCUGGGGCAGCUUGGUUCUCUUUUAGUUGUCUGGGAUUUAUUAAUUACAUCAGACAACACAUUUAUAUUCAGUGCAGUAGGCAGGCAGUACAAUUUUGAAAAAAUUGUAACGUAUGCCUACUAUUUUUCUGUAUAUUCUUUCAUAGACCAUCAAGUGUUUUUUGGUGAAAGUCAAGGACUGGUACAGUCAGACUGACUGAUAAACAGGCUGCAGGUGCUUGUCUUUUGCACUACGGUUGAAUGUUUGAUCAUACAUCUCACACACAAGGCCUCAAGCAAACCAAACUUGUGUAAAUUGUUUGUAGUACCAUUUUUACAUAAAUUGUCUCAUUAAAUUCAAUGCAACAAUUUAUGCAAGAAUGUUUUCUCUUUUUUUACACAGAAAACAAUUACAAAAAUGUAUUCACUCAUUGAGUGUACAAUAAUAUCAGUGUCAUUAUAACUUUAUGGCGAGACAAACAUAAAAGCACACUGAUGGACCCACCCAAUUCUCUAAAACAGGUAUCGUAGUUGGUGCUGAAUUGGGAGGAUUGAGUUUUUUGCCAGAUGUCAGGGAGACCUUUAUUCUCACCUUAAUAUUAUGGUGUUCAAUUCUAGAAUUUCAACACUAGACCUUAGAACAUAAUGUGAUUUAAAUGCAACCUUGCAGUCCAAAGCAAGGUUAAAACUAAUACUUUUGGCAAUUCAUGUAUCAUGCUGUUACUAAUUAGCUGUCAGUUUUUGGUCAGGUUUAGUUGUUCAUUUACAGAUUAGUUACAAUAUGUUCCUAAUGAAUUGCUUUUCUUGGUGACUUUGUGUUCUGAGAAAACCUCUGCCAUGUUUUUGUAUCACAGAGCUCUGUUAGUACUGCUCAGCAGCCAAUUUAAACCUGCUGUCAGUCGAUCUUUGCAGUCUUUUAUAAGGUGAAAUCAAUAACUUUACAAACACUCCGCUCUUGUGUCUGACCGCAUUUGGAUGUCUAUCUCUACACAUUUUCAGAUUCUAUUGCUGGAAUUACUGUCAACGUUUACGCACCUUAUUUAUGAUUCAAGAUUUCAGUUCAUAUCAGAUGAAGCUUUGAUUUAGAUUUUUUAAUGAGUGGAAAGAUACUGCCCUCAUCAGACAGUUUUGUAUAUUUUUGAUUUUAUGAUUGUUCUGAAAACCCACAUUUUAAUUUUGGUUUUUAUUAUAUAUUAAUUCUGCAUGAAUUAUAUAUAUUAAUUCAAAUUCUCAUAAUAUAUUAAAUGCAAGCUUGAAUAUUUAUGCUAAAACAGGAAUCUAAUAUGGGUUUGUUUUGCCUAGUUUCAUGUUUUUUUGUCAUUUUCAUGUAAUAUAUCAUGUUUUUGUGCUGCUACAGUGUUAUCAGUCUUUUGCUAUUUAGUGGAUGUGAUUCUCAUGUGCUUACACUUUUAACAGUGUCACAAUAGAUCUCUGUUGUUCAAACACUUGCUUGCACUCACUACAUGAACUGUCCUGCAAAUGUGAAAACUUCUGUUUCCAGUGUAAUAGAAAUGCUGUCUAAUUUUCCAACAUAUCACAGUUUGUCAUCAUCUGAUUUCACUUGUAAUGUAUCUCUCCCACAGUUCUGAAUGAAUUCUGUUUAUCUUUUCAUGUUUUUCCUUUUGUGUGUAUGUAAAAGUCCUGCUUUCCUGUUUUUCCAUUUUUUUUUUUUUUUUUGUCAUUAAUAAAUGUAUUUAAUCCCAUUCCAUUGUGACCCGAAAUUAUAAUUU